UUUGUGAAGCAAUCACUUCGUCAGCCAUUGUCUCACUUUUGUUAUCGUUUUGUGACUUUUUGUGCAGUAAUUGAGAGUUUGUGUGAAGACAGCGAUCGCUGAGUCGACCACUGAUUGGUUUGGUCUUCACAGUCACACAGCUAUGAUGUCUUGCGAUGUCGCUCAGGAAGAUCUGAAGGCCUUCGAGAGGCGUCUCACGGAAGUGAUCGGAUGUCUGGAGCCGCAGACCCGCAAGUGGCGUAUCCUUCUGCUGGUCAUGUCUGCGGCCACACUCAUCGGUGGCAUGCAGUGGGUGUUGGAUCCGAUCACAUCUCAAGUCUCUUUCGUUCACUCGCUCUUCAAUCACAUGUUCUUCACAUUCAGUUGUCUUAUACUAACGGUUCUAUUCAUCCUCGGAGUGCAUCGCAAAGUGGUAACGCCUCAGAUAGUGGUCUCCCGAUGCAGACAAGUCCUCCAAGACUUCAAUAUGUCGUGCGAUGACUGCGGAAGACUUAUUCUGAAGCCACAGUCGCGGCCCUCCACUCACUCUAAUCAAUGAAACUGAUGUCCGAUUCCGUGAUAAUUGUCUAUCAAUUUAGUCUCAGUUAACAAAUGCCUUUGAAGUCAAAAGUGAAACUUUUUUAUGCAAAACUUCCUAUCAAUGAAUGC